UGGGAAUUUGUGACAGCCGUUCAGUUUUUCCACAUGAAUUUUAUCAAUGCUGAAACCAAUCAUUGCAUCUAAUUCUAUAUAAGUAUAUGUAAUCGAGCUAUGUGAAUAUCAGUUGUUAAUGGUUCUGAGCCAAUUUUUAGUGCUUUGCUCAGAACCAAUCGCUCUUUCUUAUGUGAAGCAAUUACUUCACCUUUUGAGAAAAUUUCAUAAAAUCCACAAUUUUACAUAAGAAAAUGGUGGUUAAUUUGGAUGAUUUUUGGACAAAGAAUACACUGGUGGGACUUGGAUUAGGACAGUUGCUUUCUCUUUUGGUGACCUCCACCGGAUUCUCAUCUUCCGAACUUGCCAAAAAAGGAAUUAAUGCUCCAACUUCUCAGUCUUUCCUCAACUAUGUGCUUUUGGCUUUGGUGUAUGGGAGCAUUAUGCUCUAUAGAAGGCAAGCUCUCAAGGCAAAAUGGUACUACUACAUCUUGCUCGGAGCAGUUGAUGUGGAAGCCAAUUUUCUCGUGGUGAAGGCAUAUCAGUAUACGUCGAUUACAAGCGUUAUGCUGCUGGACUGUUGGACGAUCCCAUGUGUCCUAUUCCUCACCUGGUUCUUUUUGAAGACGAAGUACAGAUUCAAGAAGUUGGCGGGUGUCGUAAUAUGUGUUGCUGGUCUCGUAGUGGUUGUUUUCUCAGAUGUUCAUUCUGCAGAUAGAUCAAGUGGUAGCAACCCUAUCAAGGGCGAUCUGCUUGUUCUUGCUGGGGCCACACUUUACGGUGUAACUAAUGUUGGUGAGGAAUAUUUUGUUAAAAGUGCCGACAGGGUCGAGCUUAUGGCUUUCUUGGGGUUUUUUGGUGCAAUUAUCAGUGCGAUCCAAAUUGUCAUACUCGAACGUGAUGAACUCCGAUCUAUUCACUGGACAGCAGGAGCGACGUUUCCUUUUGUUGGAUUCUCCGUUGCGAUGUUUCUGUUUUACUCUGGAGUCCCCAUCUUACUAAAGAUAAGUGGAUCAACAAUGCUUAAUUUGUCACUCCUAACCUCCGAUAUGUGGGCGGUUCUGAUUCGUAUCUUCGCCUACCAGGAAAAGGUCGAUUGGAUGUACUUUGUAGCCUUUGCUGCUGUCACGUUUGGCCUCAUCGUAUAUUCAGGGGGCGAUAAAAUCGAUCAAAAUACUGCUGAGGUGGCGGACGAGGAGGCUGGUGCAGGUUGCUCGGAAAACAGAGACGCAGUUGGGAGCUCGAAAGCUGGACAUGGCUAUGGUAGUUCGAGUUCCACGACCGGUGAAGGCGGUACGGAGUCGAAAAGUAGGGAGAAAUCAUGGGUUUCAUAAGGGAGGAGAAUUAUGAUAAGUAUAGUUAUUCUUAAAUGCAUCUAUUUGAAAUUGAUAGAGCAUGCUAUUGUUGAAGGAAAGUAGAUUACGAUUCCUAAUUAUUUGUCUUCGAUAGAUGAAUUAAUUUGAUCACUAUGUAAUGUUUUUAAGCCAAUUGCCGUUGGUGUUUAAGUUGAAAUUUCUGCACAAAUUAACUUAA